GAGUCCCAAUUGAUUUCCGUAAUCUGACACAGUCGUAGGAGCAGAGUGAAGUUGGAUCAUGAUAAGCGGCUGUGUUUUGGGGGGAUGUGCGAGAGAGUGAACCCCGGCGAUAAGAGCUGGCGGCUUGAUAAGAUUCUCGUAAAUGUGGCGGAUCUUUUAUUUGAACUCGCGCUCCGUGGUCUUGUUGUGUUUUCGGUUUUAGUUUCGGUUUCGGUUCUCUGGGUCUCUGUAUUCGUUUUUUUACUUGCCGUAUUUCUUUAUUCCUAUACGAUCUCAUAAACCCUGGCCCGUGAGUCAGUUUGCUGUUUGCCCCAGUCGAGAGCGGUCGUCUGCUCCGGAGAUCUUUGAUUCCGCUUCUCAAAACCAACCAACGAUCACUGAACACCGAUCACCAGUCUCCGAUCACAGAUCUCCGAUCUCUGAUCGUCCCAGAUAUAGAUAGAAACAAACAAAGCAGCCCCAGAGAAGAGAUCUUAACGAGAUCGAGAGGCGAUCUCGUUUGAAUUCGCAACGCUGGCCGCUAGUCAGCCGCCUGAUCUCCGCCAGAACUGACGUUGUGACUGCUCCUGCUCCGCGAAACUAUAGGAGCUACUAAAGUAGUGAUAUUGUCAACACUUGCACUGGCCGAUUAGAGCUGGUCUCCGGGGUGCACAGAACGUAGAAAAUCGAAACAAAAAUAAAGCACAAAAUAAUCAAAAUAAAAACCCAACAAAGUCGAGAACCUGUUUUGAAUCGAUCUAAAUUACCUUCAAGAUGUCCAAGAUGCCAGAGACAACGUUUGCCGAUCUGAGUUUGGCCGAUAAGACUGCAGUGAAAAAGUCCAGCAUAGAGGCUCGCCGGUUUUCCGAUGUCUCCACCUGCUCCUUCAGUUCUACCUGUUUCACCGGAAGCUCUGACGAGGAAGAGAUCUCGCCGAAGGACAACCGUCAACGCAACUCCGCCGGCGGGACCGACUUUUGCGUGAAGAGCAUCUCGAAGAGUGCCUUUGGAAGGCGCGAGAUUGAGAUUGCGGAGUCUGAGAUGCCGGGCAUCAUGAUGCUCCGAAAGCGGGCCAAGGAUGAGAAGCCUUUAAAAGGCGCUCACAUCGUGGGUUGCACUCACGUGAAUGCCCAGUCCGCGGUUCUGAUAGAGACACUGAUCCAGCUGGGUGCCACAGUUCGCUGGGCGGCCUGUAACAUCUACUCCACGCAGAAUGCCGUGGCAGCCGCCUUGGCGGAGGCAGGCAUCCCGAUCUUUGCCUGGCGCGGAGAAACGGAGGAGGAAUUCUGGUGGUGCCUGGACAGAUGCAUUCACUCCGAUGGUUGGCAGCCUAACCUCAUCCUGGACGAUGGCGGCGAUGCCACCCAUUUGAUGUUGAAAAAGUAUCCCGAAUGCUUUAAAUCCAUUCGAGGCAUUGUCGAGGAGAGCGUGACGGGUGUCCAUCGGCUGUACAUGCUUUCCAAGGGCGGCAAACUCACAGUUCCCGCCAUAAAUGUCAAUGACUCGGUGACCAAGAACAAGUUUGAUACCUUCUACACGUGCCGGGACUCCAUCCUGGACAGCCUGAAACGCACCACGGACAUCAUGUUUGGCGGCAAGCAGGUUGUGAUCUGUGGCUAUGGGGAUGUGGGCAAGGGCUGUGCCCAGUCGCUGAAAGGUCAGGGCUGCAUAGUGUACAUCACGGAGGUGGAUCCCAUUUGUGCCCUGCAGGCGGCCAUGGAUGGAUUCCGAGUGGUACGACUCAGCGAGGUUAUCCGGAGCGUAGAUGUGGUGGUCACGGCGACCGGGAACAAGAAUGUGAUUACCCGCGACCAUAUGAAUCGCAUGAAGAACGGCUGUAUCCUGUGCAAUAUGGGUCAUUCCUGCUCAGAGAUUGAUGUGAAUGGCCUGCACACGCCGGAGCUAACGUGGGAGAGGGUUCGUUCCCAGGUGGAUCACAUCAUCUGGCCAGAUGGCAGAAUGAUCAUCCUGCUGGCCGAGGGUAGGCUGGUGAAUCUCUCUUGCUCCACGAUUUCCUCGUUCGUGGUGUCGGUGGCCUCCUCUACCCAGGCCUUAGCUCUGAUCGAGUUGUUCUCGGCACCGGGAAGGUAUAAAUCAGAUGUGUAUCUGCUGCCAAAGAAAAUGGAUGAGUAUGUCGCCAGUUUACAUUUGGCCACCUUUGAUGCGCAUCUCACGGAGCUCACAGAUGAGCAGGCCAAAUUCAUGGGCUUAAACAAGGCCGGGCCUUUUAAAGCCAAUUACUACAGAUAUUAAUCAGUAUUUCAUGUUGUAUCCUGUUAUUCUCGUUCUGUA